AUGACAAGAACUGAAGGACAUCAAUCUGUGCAAGAAUCUGACAAUGAUCAAGAGGAUAUAGAAAUUGCACAGAAUGAGCAAGGACAUCAUCAAUCUGUGCAAGAAUCUGACAAUGAUCAAGAGGAUAUAGAAAUGGCACAGAACGAACAAGGACAUCAUCAAUCUGUGCAAAAAUCCGAUAAUGAUCAAGAGGAUGUAGAAUUUGCACAACACGAACAAGGAACUGAUGAUGAAGAAGAUGAUAGUGAUGAUAGUGAUGCGAUUCCCCCUACUCCUAGAGCAGUAUCUAAUAUUAUUUUGGUUUCGACUGAUGAUGAUGAUGGAGGGAUACCUGCUCAGGAAAAGGAGGAUGUCGAGGUCCCUGCUGCUCCCAAGGAUCCAGUUCAGAGUAGUAAACGACCGAAGAGGAAAAUAAAGCCAACUCUUAAAAGUCCAUAUACUACUUUGGGCUCGACUGAUCCACCCUCCAAAAAACGACGGGCAAAGAGAGAGACAAGAGGUAGAAAAGGAAAGAAGGACAAAGAUCGUGUAGAAUCUGCAUUGGUCCCAGUAGAAGAAGGUGUUUCAUGCCCAGUAGAAGAAGGUGCAUUGGUGCCGAUAGAAUCCGCAUUGGUGCCGAUAUCUGUAGCUCCUCCAGGUUAUGUGUGGAUCCCUCGACAGCCUAUGGUCUAUGACAAUGUUGUGCGCGUUGAAAGUUUUAUUGAGACAAACACAAGAAAAGCGACUGCUCUCUUCAAGUUUAUGCAAAAACCGAGAGAAGAGAGGUUAUGGAUGUCGUAUCUGAACAUCAAUCAAACUCGUCAACCCAAAUCAGUUUGUCUACUUUGA